AUCCCUCCUUCAACCCCACACUUUCCAGAAUCAGCAAUCCCCCAGUUGAAAAAACAUGAGCACUUCUGACUUGAUCGGAUUUAAGUUCGAGCACAAACAUGGUAAAGAUAGAGUGAGAGUGACUAGAGUUUGGAGAAAAAAGGACGGUACUCAUUUCAUGGUGGAGUGGAGUGUUAACAUCACUCUUUUCUCUGAUUGUCUUCCCGCUUAUACGAACGAUGAUAACUCUAGUAUUGUUGCCACUGAUACCAUGAAGAACAUGGUAUAUGUGAAAGCACAGCAAUGUUCAGAACAACUCUCUGCAGAAAACUUUGCUAUUAUAUUGGCUCAGCAUUUUACUAGUUUUUACAGGGAGGUAAAUGCUGCCACCAUAAACAUAGUAGAGAAGCCUUGGGAGCGUGUGACCGUAGACGGGCAACUGCAUUCCCACGGUUUUAAAUUUGGAGCUGAGAAGCAUACAACAGAGGUAACGCUGACGAAAUUUGGAGCUUUACAGCUUAGCUCCGGUGUUCUGGGACUGUCCAUACUGAAGACAACCCAGGCAGGAUUUGAAGGAUUUAUUCGGGAUAAAUAUACAGUUUUACCCGAAACACAAGAGAGGAUCCUGGCAACAGAAGUCACUGCAUCAUGGAGAUAUGCAUAUAAUUCGGUCUCCAGCAUCCCUCAGAAUCCACUUUACUUUACAGAGAGAUAUUUAAAUGUAAAAGAGGUUUUGAACAACACAUUUUUUGGUCCUCCAAAGGAGGGAGUAUACAGCCCCUCUGUUCAAAGCACUCUUUUUCAUAUGGCAAACGCUGUAAUCAAUAGGUUUCCUGACAUAUUAUCAAUCAAGCUUCAAAUGCCAAAUCUCCACUUCUUACCUGUUAAUAUAUCGAACGAGCAUUGUGAUAUUGUCAAGUUCAAUGAUGAUGUAUAUCAACCAACUGAUGAGCCACAUGGUUCGAUAGAAGCAACUUUGAGUCGUUUCAUAUCAAAGAUGUAGAGUCUGUGACUUGAC